UUGAUUGGGCUUGUUAUAGCAGUUCUCAUAAGACUUCUUCAGUAACUAUAUAUAUCACAUCCAUUUCUAAAGAGGGAAAGCAAGAGAUAUACCAGCCAAACCCCUACUUAAUUGCUUCUGAGGGUUCUAACAAGACAACAUCUUUAACCAAAUCUACAAAAAAUGUGGACAAUUGGAUUAUGUAUUGUAGCAGUUCUGGUCAUAUAUUUUACUUUCUGGCUUAACAAAUGGAGCAAUCCAAGGUGCAACGGAGUCCUCCCUCCAGGUUCCAUGGGUCUACCCCUUAUUGGAGAGACCCUUCAGUUGAUUGUUCCCAGUUACUCUCUAGACCUCCACCCAUUUAUCAAAAAGAGAGCUCAAAGAUAUGGACCAAUAUUUCGAACUAGUGUGGCAAGUCGGCCUGUAAUAGUAUCAACAAAUCCUGAAUUCAACAAUUACAUUGUUAAGCAAGAAGGAAGGUUAGUUGAAAUAUGGUACUUGGAUACAUUUGCCAAGUUUUUUGGGAUGGAAGGCGAAAAUAAGAUGAGUGCACUUGGUGAUGUCCACAAGUACAUAAGAAGCAUCACAUUGAAUCACCUUGGUGCUGACGCCGUCAAGGAAAAGUUGCUUCCUCAAAUGGAAGAAUUUGUUAACAAAGCCCUACAAACAUGGUCAAGUCAGCCUUCAGUUGAUAUGAGAGAUGCUGCUUCUAAAAUGCUUUUUGAUUUCAGUGCGAAGAUAUUCUUUAGUUAUGAUGCUGAAAAAAUAUCACAGAAGAAUAUGAGCGAGAAGUUCACUAAUAUCUUAGCAGGUUUCAUGUCAUUUCCCUUGAAUAUCCCUGGUACUACAUACUAUAAAUGUUUAAAGGAGCAAAAUGAAGUAUUGAGCAUGUUGAGGAAAAUAGUAAAAGAGAAGAUCAUUUCAACUGAAAAAAGUUCAGAAGAUUUGCUUGAUCAAGCUAUAGAUGACAUGGAUAAGAAGAAGUUCUUGUCAGAAGAAUUUCACGUCAAAAUGCUUUUUGCGAUUUUAUUUGCUAGCUUUGAGUCUUCAGUAACAUUAUCAUUAACUCUGAAGUUAAUUGCAGAGCAUCCGGCAGUUUUACAAGAGUUGACGGAUGAGCAUGAGGCAAUUCUUAAGAGCAGAGAGAAUCCAAUCUCCUUACUCACAUGGGAUGAAUAUAAGUCGAUGACUUUUACACUUCAAGUAAUCAAUGAAACUCUUAGGAUGGGAAAUGUUACUCCUGGGUUACUACGAAAAGCACUGAAAGAUAUUGAAUUUGAUGGAUAUACAAUUCCAUCUGGUUGGACCAUUUUGCUUGCAAAUUCUGCUCUUCAAUUAAACCCAAACAUAUACAAGGAUCCACUUGCUUUCAAUCCUUGGCGAUGGAAGGAUCUUGACCCAUUGGUUGUAUCUAAGAAUUUCAUGCCUUUUGGAGGAGGGAUUAGACAAUGUGCAGGGGCGGAGUAUACUAAAGCAUUCCUGGCUACAUUCCUCCAUGUUUUGGUCACCAAAUAUAGGUGGACAAAGGUCAAGGGAGGAACCAUUGCUCGAAAUCCUGUUUUGGAAUUUACAGAUGUCCUCCACAUGAAAUUCUCGAUGAAGAGUAAUUAACUGAGAUUCCUAUUUCAUGCAAAAUAAUGGAUAUUUCUAUAUUGAAAUAAGAUGUUAUGAUUUCACAAAAAAUAAUUGGACACUCAUCCAAAUGCAAGUACAUUUUGCUUGUCUUAUUGUAUAUGUAUUUUAGGGCUUUGAUUGGGCCACUUCCAACAAUACAUUAUUUAUAAAAUGUGGACAUGUGAAACAUUAUAUAUUUGAGAAUGUGAAAUAAUAAUUCCACCUUACUUUAUGUAACCUCUGUCUCUCUAGAAUGUGAAACGAAAUCUACUGUUAGCCAUUAA